AUGAAUCAACGCCUAGACCGCACGUAUUCCAUGUUCACGUGCGACGGCGACGCUGGCCAGUCUAACAACCAGCUUGGUCUGAUGGACAACUGGGCAUCCGAGGGUGGUUCCACUGGCGGCGGCGGCCGGUGGAAGACAACAUAUACGGCCACAGGGACGCCGAUGCCCGCGAACACCUACGCGAAUCUGUACUUCUCUUACGCCGAGGCGUCAACGCCCGCACCGACGCCCGCACCGACGCCAGCUCCAACGCCCGCACCGACGCCCGCACCGACGCCCGCUCCGACGCCCGCACCGACGCCACUCCAACGCCCGCACCGACGCCCGCACCGACGCCCGCUCCGACGCCCGCACCGACGCCAGCUCCAACGCCCGCACCGACGCCCGCACCGACGCCCGCACCGACGCCCGCACUGGGGUCGACGAGUUCGGCCGUUGGUGAUCCCCAUAUGCAGAAUGUAUUUGGAGAGCGGUUCGAUCUGA